AUGACGCACAUCAUUGUUUUGCUUCUGGUAUUCUUUGUUUCGUGCUAUGGAUUUCCAGAUUUUCCCUUCUAUAAUGUGUCGUUAACAUGGGAAGAAAGAGUAGAUGAUUUAGUUAGUAGAUUAACCAUUCCCGAAAUGGUAGGUCAAAUGGCAAAAGGCACAGGUGGAACUGACGCAAUUCCUAGAUUAGAAAUCAAACCGUAUGAAUGGUGGACAGAAUGUCUCCGUGGUGAUGUACAACAAGGUGGAACUGGUUUUGCUGAAUCUAUAGGUCUUGCAGCAGCUUUCAGUACAGAUGUGAUUUACGAUGUAGCUAGAGCCACUGCUAUAGAAGUAAGAGCUAAAAAUACAGUUUUUAGUCAACAAGGGAAAUAUGGUCUUGGUACAGGACUCAGCUGUUUUUCACCAGUAAUAAACAUAAUGAGAGAUUCAAGAUGGGGUAGAAAUGAAGAGACCUAUGGUGAAGAUCCCUAUUUCAGUGGUCAAUAUGCAGCAGCUUUUGUUCAAGGUCUCCAGGGCGAUCAUCCACGAUACCUUUUAACAAGUGCUGGAUGUAAACAUUUUGAUGCUUAUGCUGGUCCUGAGAGUGAUCCCGUUUCCAGAUUUGGAUUUAACGCCGAAGUAUCAAUAAGAGACUGGAGAACUACCUUCCUUCCUGCCUUUAGAACUUGCGUUCAAGCUAGGUCCUAUAAUAUUAUGUGUAGUUACUAUAGAAUAAAUGGAAUACCAUCCUGUGCUAAUAAAGAACUAUUAACAGAUAUAUUAAGAAAUGAAUGGGGUUUUAGUGGCUAUGUUAUAAGUGAUGCUGGUGCUAUUGAGAACAUUAUAACAGAACAUCAUUAUCUAAAUAAUAGUGUAGAUACAGUCGCGGCUUGUAUAAAUGCUGGUUGCAAUAUUGAACUUGGACAUCAAAGGAAGGGUGAAAUUGUUUACGAAUCUAUGGGACAAGCUAUAUCAGAAGGUAAAAUAACAGAAACAAGAGUAAGAGAGUUAAUGAAACCAGCUUGGUAUACUAGAAUGAAGUUGGGAGAAUUUGAUCCACCAGAGAUGAAUCCAUAUAAACAGUUAAAUCUAUCAGUUGUACAAAGUCCAGAACACAGACAACUCGCCAUACAAACAGCUAUGAAAACCUUUGUUCUUCUUAAAAAUUUAAAUAAAUUUCUUCCAACAAAAAGUGGAAUCUUCAAUAACAUUGCUGUAGGUCCAUCUGUUUAUAAGAUUUAA